CAGAUUGGCGUUACCAUGGAGAGCGUUGCCAUGUGACGCGUAGUUAACAGGAAGACGCUGUCCUGCCUGGAGGGGUAGCAAGGAGGAGAGACAUGGAAGAUAACUUUCAGCUUGGAGAAACUGGAGCAGUUAAAAAUGUUGCAAAGUCUGGACGAAGAGCUCGCCUUGCAGCUGACCAAUCCUCGUUCGAAGAUUCUCGUCCCAUAAGGAAGUCCUCCACAUCUGCUUCAAUGGGAGAAGAAUCAAAUGAGGACUAUGAGGGUCCUCCUCCUAAACCGGCCCGGCGGCAGGGCGGCUGGGCAGAAGAAAGCUCUGGUUCUGGUUCUGCCAAAUCCUCCAGAAGGCCUGCAGCAGAGGAUCUGGAAGACCGCCGCCUGCGACCACAAACCCCCCAGGGAUCAGAUGAUGAAGGAGUAAUUCCAGACCUCGAAGAAGUACAGGAAGAAGAUCUCAACAACCAAAUAGCAGCUCCACCAAGCAUGCAGGUGAACCGGGUGGUGACCUACAGAGAUCUGGACAAUGAUCUGAAGUAUUACUCUGCGUUCCAGCCCUUAGACGGAGAGAUCGACUUGAAGCUCCUCACCAAGGUUUUAGCUCCGGAGCAGGAGGUGAAAGAGGAUGAUGUGAUCUGGGACUGGGAUCAUCUGUUUACAGAGGUGUCCUCAGAGCUGCUGAUGGAAUGGGAUCAAGGAGAGAGUGAGGAUCAGGCUGCGUUGCCUGUAACAUGAGGAAGAGGUGUGGACUUCAAAAGGCUCCAGUGGGAACAGGCUGAAUGUCCAUUACACAGAAGGGCCAGUGACUUUGGUUAUAUUAACUUUAAUUACUGUUUGUUACCCAGAAUUUAUAUUUUGUAAAGUGUAUAUACAUUGUUUGUCAUCUUUUUCUAAAUAAAGGUCACUGUGCAUUGAACAUGA